ACUCUUUUCAGUGGCCAACCCAGGGAUGUAGUGCAAGCUGCAUUCUCUGUAGCCAAGCUUAUGGGUUCCCAGAGGUGAGCAGUUGAACCUCCCUGAGGGUGGCAAGACAGAUGCAGGGAUCCCAGACGCAGCACAACAUAUUAAACACUCAAUGACAGGACCAGGUUUCUUCCUAGUCCAGAGGAUGUCAGCACACGUGGGAAGUCAUGAUAAACCAUUCCUAUAUGCCUGGCCAAGUUAUGUUGUUCCUCUGGGACAGAAUGUGACUCUUACAUGUGACUCUCAUAGAGGAUCUAACAUAUUCAAACUGUACAAAGAAGAAGGGUCUCCAAUCCCUCAGUUACAUGAGACUACAUUUCAGAAGAGCCAGGUCUUUGGUCCUGUGACCACAGAACAUGCAGGAACCUACAGAUGCUUCCAUCCUCAAUAUGCUAAUGUAUUGUCAGCACAUAGUGAGCCUCUGAAAAUCAUAAUUUCAGGAAUCUACUUGAAGCCUUUCCUCUUGAUUCUACAAAGUCCCCUGGUGAAUUCAGGAGGGAAUGUGACCCUGGAAUGUCACUCAGAGAAUAUGUUCGAUACAUACAUUUUGAUUUCACACAGAAUGGGAAUAAUCAAGAACUCUGUCCAAGUUUCUGCAGAACAUCAUGAAAGUGGGUCACAUGUCACCUACUCAAUAGGUCCCAUGACACCUGACCUUGUUGGGACUUACACAUGCUAUGGUGCUAACAGUUACUACCCCUAUGAAUGGUCAGACCCCAGUGACCCCAUUGACAUCAAGAUCACAGGUGUAUACAAGAAACCUUCUCUGUCAGUCCUGAUGGGGCCUGUGCUGAUGAUGUCAGGAGAAACCAUGACCCUGUCUUGCAUCUCUGACCAUCAGUUUGACAUGUUCCAUAUGUCCAGGGAAGGGGUGCCUCAGGGACAGGGGAUGCCUGGAGUGCAGAUCCACAGUGGUAAAUUCGAGGCAAAAUUCCUUCUUAGUUCAAUGAUCCAAAAGGGGAACUAUAGAUGCUAUGGCUCUUUCAGGAACUCUUCCCAUGUGUGGUCCUCCCCAAGUGACCCCUUGUACCUUCCUGCCAAAGGAAACUGUCCUGCAUGCACAGAAGAAGAUCCCAAAAUACAUAACUGCAAGAACCUGCGCAUUCUAACUGGGCUCUUAAUGACCAUGGUCCUUGUCAUCAUCAUCAUCUUUUAUUCUUGUUACUUUCCCAAACAGAAUAAGUCUCAGAAACAAGCAGCAGCCAGCAUGGAACAAGAGUCUGAAGUUAAAAAACACAAUAAACAGACAGCUUUCUAGGACUUUGAAGGACAAGAAGGACAGGAGGUGACAUACACAGAACUUGAGCAGAGAAUCUUCAACCAAAACUUGAUGCCUCCCAUUUCCCGAAUUUCUGAGUUUUCUGCAGAUACCAUUGUGUACAUGGAAAUUAUGAAAUGAUAAACUGAGAUCAAAGAAUGUCUGCACCCACUGAGUUCUCAAAGAAAGAUCUAAGGAAGUCUUUUGUGGAAAACAGAGCCUUUUCAUCAACAAAGGCUGUUUGAUGCAGUGAAAUAACAGCUGGAAUAUGAAGGCAGAAGUCUUUAAAUUUGGGGUUAUCCUUAAUUGUUCUAAUACUGUUCUUAAUGUAGUUUACUAAUACAUAAAAAGACUAUGGUCCUCACUGACAGCAUUACAGAAAUCACAUUCUAUUUAUUAGUCCAUGGUUCUCCACGUAUUCCCUAGUUUCAGACCUCUACAAUGUAACCAACUAUAUUUUUAGAUCGACUUGAAGCUGCAUGCUGUUUGUCUUACAAUUCCAUACCAACAAAGGUUCAUUCUGCUUAUUAGCAUAGAUUUCCAAUAUAUUGUUAUGCUGUACAACAUAAUGUAUCUCAUAGCAAUCAUAUGUGUGUGUGUGUGUGUGUGUGUGUGUGUGUGUGUGUGUGUGUGUGUGUAAAAUUUUCUCACCCACUUACCCUACCUUGACUCUGUCCCGCUCCUGCUAACAUCCUUCCAGAAGCCUGUUCUUAACACUGGGCCUUAACAUAUGCUGUUCUGU